GUCACGUGACCUGAGGAAUGUUAACAAUGCAGCGAGUGUCCAACUUUGUGCUGAAGUUCUGAUCCUGCCUGGAGUUUGGGGAGAAAAUGGAGGUUCAUUUCAUCAUAUUUACCCACUGAGCUAGGUGUACGCGUUCAACAACCGAGAACCGGACUCUUUAACGAAAAAAAAAGUUGCCGUUUAACGGAAUUUAUUCUCUUCAUAUUGAGUUAUUCUCGCCACUUCUAUCACAUGGCGCAGAUUGGCAUCAUCAUCGUUUGGCUCCACGAUGCCCUUGUGACCAGCUGCAUUUCCUGGAAUAAGCUGGAACCUGAGCCUUGAAAAUCACACCAUGUAAUGCCUAUAGUAUUCCUGCCUCACCUUCAUCCACCACAGCGGGAGCAGGAAUCAAAAGCAGAAAGCAAGAUAGAAAAAAAUUAGGGACAUAGAGUAGGGAUCGUAAAACCUGUGCCUCCAAUCUGUGCUCUUGGAGGCUUUUUAUCUAUUUAGGUCAGCAAGCUUAAAGGGAAUCUUUCGUAGGGUUGUAGGGCAGUGAGUGCCAGUUUGUGUGUGUGUGUGAGUGUGUUCUUGUGUGUGCUUCUGUGUGCGUGUUUCCCUUUUUAGAGUAGGUGCCUGCCCUGGGCACUGUGGCCAUGAGGCCCAAGACUUUCCCCGCAGCCCCGUAUGUGGGAAACACACGGCAAAGGCUUCAAGAGAUCAAGGAGGGCCUGAAGCAGCCGGCCAAGCUGGUGAGCCAGGCUUUACAUGGCAGUAGCUCCAGGAAUGAGGGAGGCAAAGGGGCAGACUCCAAGAGCGGGAAAGACACAACCAGCCGACAGCAGCAGCUCAGACCCCCGCAGAAGUUCAACAACUACCAGAAUGCGCUGCGGGAAAUCCGCAAGUCCCUCAAGCCCUUUGAAUCCGGCUCAACCUCCGGAUCAGGACACCCAGCAGGGGCCGGGGAGGUGAACCGGCAGAUGCUGCAGGAGUUGGUGAACGCUGGUUGUGACAAGGAGAUGGCGAUACGGGCGCUGAAGCAGACGGGCAGCAGGAACAUUGAAGCAGCUUUAGAGUACAUCAGCAAGAUGAGUUACCUCGACCCUCGGAAUGAGCUCAUCGUUCGUGUCAUCAAGCAAACUUCCCCAGGAAAAGCUGGCAUGCCAAAUUCAAUGGACCACCGGCCUGCAUUGGAGGCUUCAGGUGAAGCAGGUGCCAUGCCUCCGUAUCAUCAACUGGGGAAUUCUAUGUAUGACGGGGCAAAAGGUUAUGGCCCUGAGGGUGAGAUGCCCAGACCAUAUAUGAAUGCUCCACCUGUUAUGAACUACAUGAUGCCCCCGUCUGGUGCAGCACAGGUCACUGGAAUGGGAAACCCAUUGGGUCGGCCUCCCAGUAUGGGUACCUAUCCAUCUGUUAUGGCCACCCAGAGCAACCCAGGAAACACUAUGUACCCCCCAGGGGCACAGCAGAAGGGCUACCCUGGCAGUAUGGAGCAACAUGGGCCUAUGAUGAGCUACAAUGUCCCUGGCCAGCCUUUACAGCUCCAGCCACAACCACCAGGUGGCCCUGUCCCAGGCCCACACUAUGACUACAGCCAUGCCAGGACACACAUGAUGGAGUCUGCAGGCUAUGGAGUCAAGAGGACCCCUUCCUUCCAAAACAAGAUGCCACCGCCCCCCAUGUCACCCACAGAUAAUUAUGUCAAUAUGCAAGGGAAAGGAGGCAUGGGUCAGAAUGGGCCAGCGGGAGGAGGUGGAGGAUAUCCUGCUAACCUGUACCUCGCCCCUCACUCUCACCCUCGACAGGCCAGCCCCACCUCACACCAAGUCCACAUGAUGUCCCGUUCUCCAGGUGCUGUGGCCAUGGUCCCUGACUUCUCAGAUCUGCCCCAGGGCUUGAUGACACCUUCUAGGGCCAGCCUCAACUUGGACCUCUAUGAGCACCCCUGGGCAGGGCCGCCAGGUCCUGAAGGGGCCCCUCAGUCCAGACAGCCACAGCCCCAGGGCCCAUUCAGAGGUGAAGUGCGUGUCCCCAGCAGAACUAACUCCUUUAACAGUCGCUCUGCAGGCCCAAAUGCUGUCCGGCCUGGGAUGGCUGCACCACCUGCUAAUGGGAAACAGGAGCCUUCUUUGGGCCCCCCUAAUACCAUCACAGCUGUAACAUCCCCACCCAUCCAACAGCCUGUUAAGAGUAUCCGUGUAAUGAGGCCAGAACCUAAGACAGCUGUGGGACCAUGUCACCCUGGCUGGAUGACUGCUCAGGCCCAGGAUGCAUCAGAGCCUCUGCCCUACAUGCCAGAAGAAACAUACCCGCUCGAGCCUGCUCAGGAGCCACGCUGUCCACCACCACCCUACCCCAAAAACCUCCUAAUGUCUGGGGCGGCAGGUGAGACAGGGGCCCUGGAAGGAGCUGCAGGUGUGUGUGGAGCUCAGGACCUCAACAACCCUGCUGCAAGAAGUACUCACAGUGGCAGCGGAGGGAGUGGAAAGGCUGAGGAGAGCCAGCCAGUGAAAGAGAAGACAAAGAUGGGGAAGGGAGAAAAAACAGUGAAAGACAAGAAGCAGAUCCAGACAUCCCCUGUUCCCGUGAGGAAAAAUGGACAAGAUGAGGAAAAGAGAGAGUCACGUAUCAAAAGCUACUCACCUUUUGCCUUCAAGUUCUACAUGGAGCAGCACAUAGAGAAUGUGAUGAAGACCUACCACCAGAAACUCAACCGCAGGCUUCAGCUGGAACAGGAGAUGUCCAAGGCCGGCCUUUCCGAAGCAGAGCAAGAACAAAUGAGGAAGAUGCUGUACCAGAAAGAGUCCAACUAUAACAGGCUACGCCGUGCCAAAAUGGACAAGUCCAUGUUUGUCAAAAUCAAGACGCUGGGCAUAGGUGCUUUUGGCGAAGUAUGUCUUACACGUAAAGUCGACACUGGUGCACUUUAUGCCAUGAAAACACUGCGCAAGAAAGAUGUCCUUAAUCGUAACCAGGUGGCUCACGUGAAGGCAGAGCGCGAUAUCCUGGCGGAAGCGGACAACGAGUGGGUGGUGCGUCUCUACUACUCCUUCCAAGACCGUGACAGCCUCUACUUCGUCAUGGACUACAUCCCCGGCGGAGACAUGAUGAGCUUGCUCAUCCGAAUGGGGGUCUUCCCCGAACUUCUGGCACGCUUCUAUGUGGCAGAGCUGACACUAGCCAUCGAGAGCGUACACAAGAUGGGCUUUAUUCACCGCGACAUCAAGCCAGACAACAUCCUCAUUGACCUGGAUGGACAUAUCAAGCUGACAGAUUUUGGUUUGUGCACAGGCUUCCGCUGGACACACAACUCCAAGUACUACCAGAAGGGGAGCCACAUUAGACAAGACAGCAUGGAGCCCAGUGAUUUCUGGGACGAUGUAUCCAACUGCCGGUGUGGCGACCGGCUGAUGACACUGGAGCAACGCGCCAACCGACAGCACCAACGCUGCUUGGCACACUCCCUGGUGGGGACGCCCAACUACAUCGCCCCCGAGGUGCUCCUGCGCAAAGGUUACACACAGCUGUGUGACUGGUGGAGUGUGGGAGUGAUCCUGUUUGAGAUGCUGGUGGGACAGCCGCCUUUCCUUGCCCCCACGCCCACUGAGACUCAGAUUAAGGUCAUUAACUGGGAGAGCACUCUGCAGGUGCCCGCCCAGGUCAAACUGAGCCCAGAGGCUGUCGAUAUCAUCGGUCGCCUGUGUUGCUCUGCAGAGGAUCGCCUGGGUGCCAAUGGCGCUGGUGAGAUCAAGGCUCACCCCUUCUUCUCCCAGGUGGAUUUCUCUAGCAAUCUGCGGCAGCAGCCGGCCCCCUACCGGCCCAAGAUCGCCCACCCAAUGGACACAUCCAACUUUGACCCAGUGGAGGAGGAGAGUGGUCCCGGUGCAUGGAGUGACAGCGGGGACAGCACCCGGGCUUUGGAUGCUCUCUGCUCCCCUCAUGGGAAGCACCCAGAGCACGCCUUCUAUGAGUUUACCUUCCGCAGGUUCUUUGACGAUAACGGCUGCCCCUUCCGCUACCCUAAACCGCUCGAGACAAGCGAGGUGUCGCUAAGCAUACCUGGAGCCAUCGGAAUGGGCCCAGACGAGGAGGAGGAACAAGAAGAAGAGGACGAGGAUGAGGAAGAUGAAGAGGAAGAAGGAGAGCAGGAGGAGGGGUGUGAGCCCGUGUAUGUGUAGAGCUGCAUGCUGACAGUCUUCCUGAGUGGCUCGUGUCUCUUAGCUGCCCUUGUCAUUCAGCUCACGACCCUCCCACCUAUCACUUCUCUUCUCAUGUAUAUGUAGAGGUGUGCAUGUGUCUCUGUGAUUGUUGAACUGCAAGAACAGGGUAGAUGAACACUGCCCCCUUGUGGAAUGCAUAUAUACAAAACAUCCCCCUCAUCUGGGACCAAGAAACGGCAGGUGUGAGCACCCACAUCGAGGGUGAAGCGUAGGUGGUCAGGAGAGCAGGACUCAGACACUGUACUGGUCGAAAGGAGAUUCUGGUUCUUCCAGGAGCCUCUUGUCCCAUUCCUUCCACCUUUGGUCUUACGGACAAUUAAAACACCUCCACAGUGACCUUCAGACACAGGAUCUACUUCCUGUUCUAACUGAGCUGCUUUACACUCAAAUAUUUGACACAGCAAUGUGAAGAGUGGAACCAGUUUACUUGUUGAUUGCGCCUGUUUUCACAGCUGCUGCAAAAUAAGCUACAAAGACACGCACACGCACACACAGCUCAGUAGUGUAGGGAUGUUGGAUUUCAGGUUGAUUUCAGUGUCUAUAUUGAGGUUUCAAGAGGUUGGCUCACACUAGGUGGACAAAGAAAUUCUUCCAGAGUCCUUUGACACACACUCAGCCACAAAAAAAAGAGUUGCAUUCUUGUGGUGUGAGAGAAAAAUGUGUCCUUUUUUUUUUUUUGCAGCAGUUAGUUUUCAGAAUCUUAUAUAUCCACACCUGCCUCAUUUUGUGCCAACUUCAGCUCAGUGUAAUGUUUUGGAGCCUGAUGCUUUUUAACUCAGUUUUCUGUUAGGUAUAUUCUUGUGUUGUUAAAAUGCUUCCAAUCACAGAGUUUCUGUCCUAACUUGGCUCUAAAUUGAGCUCUAAAAGUCAAGCCAGGUUUAGUUUGCAGUAAAUUCUUCUCUUGAGUUAGAUCAGAUGAAAGAAGCUCUUGUAUUGAAAUUAUACUAUCUGUUUACUGUGGGGCAGGUUGCUAGCACUUAACAUAUUUUCUCAGUCUUCAAGAGAAUUAAGAGAACCCCCCUGAUCUAUACAGGAUCUGUUGGGUCACAUUAGGCUUAGUUAGUUGGGUUGGACUGAGAAUCAAAGCUCCAAAUACACACACAUAUUUACUAAGAUGCACACUUGUACAGCUAUUUAGCAAA